UGCCCGUUAACACUCAUGCCAUUUUUUUGUGAUACAUCCUGCUUAUAUAUAUAUAUAUAUCUUAACACUGUUAACAGCCAUCUUCUUCAUUAGAGAGUGAGUGAGAGAGAGAGAGAGAGGGAGAACACCAUUAACACUUGCUUCUGUUCUUUAAGGUAAAUAAGAAAUACUAAUGGAGUUGAAGAGUAAGUUAUCAGCACAAUGGUGGUGGUUUGACAGUCAAAGUAAUAGUAUUCCAAGGAAAUCCCCAUGGCUACAUUCCACUCUUGCAGAGCUGGAUGAGAAGACAGAGGCAAUGCUGAAACUGAUUGAGGAAGAUGCAGAUUCAUUCGCAAAACGUGCAGAAAUGUACUACAAGAAACGACCCGAACUUAUCAACAUUGUUGAGGAUCUAUAUCGAGCCCAUCGUUCACUAGCUGAGAAAUAUGAUCAAGUCAAGUUUGAUUCUGGAAGUCGAAACAUAACUCCAUGGACAUCUUGCCCACUACCCUUAUCCAAGUUCCGAACUUCCCAACUAAUAAAAGAAUCAGAAAAAUCAUAUGACAGUUAUUCCGAGUCUUUUGACUAUGACUAUGAUUCUGGUGAUACUGAUUCUGUAGUUGUAGAUGAUCUUGAACAAGACCAAGAUACUCAUUAUGAUCAAGAAGUUGUUGUAGACGUAAAAAACGUUGAUUUAGAAGUGGACCCUUUUAAUGAAGAAGAGAUAAUGAAGUUGAGGGAAGAAGUUGAAAGGUUGAAAGAAGAAAACAAGGUUCAAAAAGAGCAGUUGGCUCAGAAAGAUGAAGAGAAGAUGGAGGUGAUACGACAACUUAGUUUUUCUGUCGAUUUUCUCAAGCAAGAAAAUGUGAUCCUAAAAACAAGAAUCGUGAAGGAUUCUUCAAAUAGCUGAAGCAACCCAUUUGAUUUCAACAAAUUGAAAGAAGUAUUUUGGGGAAAGCUAUUCAAUGGUGUUGUUCCACUGUAAAGUUAUUCAAUAGUAGUACUACAUACCACUAAGACAUCCUUUUGAGUUUUGAGUCAGUCAAGGUAUAGUUAGACACAUUCUUUCUAAAUAAUGUCGGGUCAUCCUAAACAAACGUCACUAGUUCCUUCAGAGUUAUAUUUUAAGACCAAGUAGGGUUUCAUGUUGUUUGUUUAAACAAAAAUAGAUUAGUUAGCAUAUAAGAUGGAUAGUCGUUUUGAUGUCACAAAGUAUUUGUGUAGGAACUUUCGGGGCCAUUGUUUGUUGAACUGUUUGUAAGUCGUCUAGUAGUGAGUACAGCUUCAUUCUUUUGUUUCUUAAUUAGACAAUGUCGGGUCAUGCUUGUAAUUUGUAUUAAUUGUGUAAUGUCAUUUGGCUUCUAUA